UAGUUUUCCUGCUUCUGAAUUAGUGGCGGAAAUUAGAUUAAAAGAAAACAAAAAUAAUAAUAAAAAAGAAAAUCAAGAAAUUUGGAAAUCAAUCUACUUUUCGUCAUUUUCCCGGAAAGUUGCGAACACCCAUUUUUUCUCUGCCUCUUCUCCUUUCUCUCUCCUGCCAUUGGACAACAGGUUUCUGCUCAUUCACAAUCUGUCAGGUUUCUGUUUGUUAUACCUGUUUGGAUUCAGCUUUCCGGCUUGGCAAAAAUUCUCUAUCACUCUGGCAGCUGUAACCCAGUCAAAGCUUUCUCGCACCACCAAGUGGGUGUGGAGUACUAAAGACCGGGUGAUUAUACUGUGUGUUUUGCGAAGAUCAAGAUCAUCUCAUAUUUGGAGAUUGUGCCGUACUUCUGAGGGUUUACCCAUUGAUUAUGGCUAACGUUACCACCUGCAAAGUUCUUGAAUAGUCCUAGUAGGGUGUUUGGAGUAGUUUUUAAUUUGACUAUGUAAAUAAGUUGAUCAUCAUAGGUCUCUCUAAAAUUUAAUAUAUUGGUUAGUAUAAUUCGGCUUAGGUGUUGGCCCAAUAGCAUCUUGCAAUGGGUCGUUUCUCAUGCUUCUAUGGCAAUGCUCACGGUCAAAAGGAAAAGAAAUCAGCCCAACCUUCAUUUGAGACAAUGGUGAAGAUGCUGCAACUUGGUUCUCGAAAUCAUGCAUCAGGAAACUCCGCCAAUCACUUAACUAUGAAUGGAUCUCAUAUGGGGAAAAAUGAGGCUAAUAACUUGGGGUGUGAUAGUGAUAAUCUUACAUUGAUGUCACGUAGUUGGAAAUCAGGAGAGGUGAAAUGUGAUUAUGAGGCUGAGAGUAAUGCAGACUCUACGCACUUUCAGAUAGGGAAUUUUAGAAGAAGUCUCUCUGUUGGCUGUGAACUGGAUCAAAAGGGAAGAACCUUUGGUGGCAGUAAUGACGAUGACUGCAAUGAUCAGGAGUUUUCUUUUGAAAGAUCGCCUGAUUAUGACGAGGUUGUAGAUGUAUCACCCACAAAUGAUUCCAAGAAUCCAGGGAACUCUUUGCCAGAUCAGGAUCAUGAAGUUUCCCAUUCGCUGUGUCCCGAUUUAAGUUCUACUAUCGGGAACCAAGCGUCAGUCUUUGCUGUUGCCAACUGUCUGAACAAGGAAGGGCAUGACGAUUCUCAUCUCUCAUUGCAUGCCGAGGGCCCUAGUGGUUCUGAUCGAAAUACGCCUACUCGACAUUGCAUUUCUAAAUCUUACUCGAUGCCAAAUUUUGGGUCCAUGUCUCCAACUUCUCCUGGUCUUUCUGCCGGUGGCGUGUUGACUCCUCGCAACAGAUCUUUUGAGGAUCUUAAAGUGCUGUCUGUCGAUGAGGAAAAUUUUUCAGUUCAUGAUGGUACUGCUGCAGAAAGUGCUGGACUAAAAAAGAAUGACAGCUUAUACCAUCCCGAGAAAUUUGAUGGGAGAAAUGCUGUUUUGGAGAAUUAUGAUUCUUAUAACUAUGGCUGUUCAAGAAAAGACUGGAUAGUCCCAAUGCCAGAUGAAAUUGGUAGUAUGAGGCAUGGCCAGGGAAACUCCUCAUAUGAUAACUGGGAUGACUUCGCAAAUAGGGAUUUUAAGACCAAACUGAUUGAGGAUUGGGUUAUUGAUCUUCAGCACUGCAGCCCCGUGGAAGAGAAUGAUGAAGAGGCUGAUUCUGGUAAUGAGGUAAAGAGAGGUUCUGCAUUCUUGGAUGGUCUGGAUAAGAUGGAGAUGAAGAUGUACCCAGGUAUGGAGGCAGCAAAGAGAUACAUAUCUUCUCUGAAUGCUACAGCUACCACUGCACAGUUGGCAAAUCAUGGUUUGGUUAUAAUCCCACUUCUCAGUGCAUUUGUUAGCUUGAAGGUUUUAAAUCUGUCUGGCAAUUCUAUAGUGAGAAUAACUGCUGGUGCUCUUCCUCGUGGACUGCAUGUAUUAAACUUGUCAAAAAACAAGAUAUCAGCCAUUGAAGGCUUAAGAGAGCUUACUAGACUUCGCAUAUUAGACCUAAGUUACAACAAGAUAGCCAGGAUUGGACAUGGUCUUGCCUCAUGUUCCACUUUGAAGGAACUAUACUUGGCUGGAAAUAAAAUCAGUGAGGUGGAAGGUCUACACAGGCUUUUAAAGCUAAGUGUUCUUGAUUUGCGGUUCAACAAGAUUGCUACUUCCAAAUGUCUUGGGCAACUAGCUGCCAACUAUAAUUCCCUGCAAGCUAUCAGUUUGGAAGGAAAUCCUGCCCAGAAAAAUGUUGGGGAUGAGCAACUUAAGAAGUGUUUACUGGGUCUACUUCCCCAUUUGGCUUACUAUAACAGGCAGCAUAUAAAAUCUAGCUCACUUAAAGAUUCCUCAGAUAGGUCUGUUCGACUAGGUAUUUCAGAUAGGGGGCUUAGAUCUGAUCACAAGUCUUCACGUCGGGGAAGUGGUGCUCCAAAGCGAUCCACUCAUUCUUCUACACAUGGGCAAAAGGGUCAAUCGUCAGACUCUGUAAAGCAAUCUAAAGGGAAACAUGUGCUUGUUCCACCAAGUGGGGCAAAAACAAGUAACCACCAUCAUCACUUGGACUUUGCUAACAAGCUCCAAAGUUUGAAAUCUGGUCUCUCGCUCCAUAAAAGUCGAAGUGAGGGCACUCUCUCGGUAGUUUAAGUUCAUUGUUCUGUUUAUCAAAUCUACCAGGGGAAAGGUUCUUUCAAUUGUGUUGUCUUUCACAUUAUUUUGUGGCUUUGCGGUUAUGUAAUGUGUUUUUCGAGUUUCUCAAGUUUCUAUCUUAUACUGGAAUGAUUCUGAAUUUUAAGUUUGUGUUUCAAUUCAAUAACAGAUUUCUUUUCUUUGAAAAA